AUGCUUAUUCCUUACUUCUCGCCAGAUGGCCUCAUAUUUCGUUUGUCCAUAGCGGAACGGCGUGAGCUGCAUCUUCUACAGCAAUUGCCUUUUCUUCGUGACUCGUUCUCCGAAUCGAAUGUCACUAACCAAUCCUCAUCCGGUGUUUGCGAUGACGGCUGGACAACAGUUGGUUCAGGAGGUGCGGUGCCCGCUGCCAUGAACCGCAAGGAGAAGCGGGGUACAGGUCUGCUUUCUGCAUUCAACCGAGUGCCCCGAAUUGACACUCCAUUGUCACUUGCCUGGGCCAGAAUGCAUCUUCACCUUCCCCAAGUGGCCAGCCUGCUCAUGGCGAUUUCUCGCUCCCAUCCCUUCGCUUAUCCACAGGCUUGUCGACUCGCUAAGCGCUGGCUGGCUGCUCAUGGCUUUCCAGUGAUCACUUGUCCAGAGCUAGCUUCUGAAGAGGCUUGCCUUUUGUCCCAAGACCCCGGCUGCUCAGUGUCUUCUAAGCUAUCAGGUGCUGGGCAGUACUUUCUCCUUGCUCGUAAACAAGGGUCUCGCAUGGCUGGUGUUCUCGGAUAUGGUGCCAACCGAAUGACGGAGAUCGCACUUGAGCUAUUAGUUGCCAGGGCUGGCGGCUUCAUUGGCGGAGUUGUCGAUGGAUUGUCAACUGAUCGCCAGGGCAGCGCGCAUCUGCUUGCUAAUCAGAAGGCAAUGUCGCCAUUUGCCGUCUUCCUUCGAUUUCUCAACCUUCUGGCUAAUUUCAACUGGGAGACUAAGCCUUUACUCAUCAAUUUAAACGAUGGAUUCUCGGGUACAAAUUUACUUUAUUUUACUCAUUAUUUAUUUCUUUCGGUAGACAAAACUAUACGUCAUCAAGCCCUAACAUCUUUCCAUGAGGCACUGCGUGGAGAUCUCCCGGCAAUGGUGCUUGCUACACCAAUUGAUCCGCGUGGUGUUCAGUGGACCAUUCAAGGGCCUAGUCGGCUGGGCCUAUCCAAUUUAAAGCAUCUGGCCUGUCGGUCACACAGCCUCCUGCGAGCCAUGGCCGUUGCAGGUGCAGAUAUUUUCCUAAUGAAGGCAAGCGGUUGUUUUCCCCUUGAGUUUCUUAUUUCGGCUCCUUUUAAGAACUUACAUAGUGUAAGAUAA